GCCGCGAACGCGCACAGGAGGCUUGACGUCACCGAGGCGCCCUGGCUCUCCCGAGCCGCUGCUGCUGGUGAAGCGGUGGGACAAAUCAGACAGACAUCCGCCGCGUUAUGAACAUAAAGUGACCGUUUGCGCGGCCGAUUCCCUCCCGCUCGACAGACGAUUCAGCGCCGACACCGGACGAAGCUCCACCCGACGACGAGAAAGAUCGGUGUCGUCGUUUGUCACACUGGAUAGCUGCCGUUGGAAGAGGGAAGUCUGUGUUGCCAUGAACCUCGUGGCGACCGUCUCCAGUUGAAGCCGGGUCACCAGCACAUUUUUUCACUCUAUUGUUUUGAGUCACCACCACAUAAUCGGCGAGAAUAUAACGAGACACUUGAAGUCGUACUUCAGUUUUGCAUUGUAGCUCCGUUCUUCUUUUGAGCAGAAGAUGUACAGUAGUGCCCGCUCUGUUGGCAGAGGGGAUGCCAACCAUAGUGGAGGGCGAGAUGGAGGUGGUACCGGUAGUCAGGGAUCCGGUCGUUCUCCUCGCCUUCCCCGCUCGCCCCGAAUGGGACACCGCCGCACCAACAGCACUGGGGGCAGUGGAGGGGGACCUGGAGGAGCAGGAGGGAAGACGCUGUCCAUGGAGAACAUCCAAUCCCUCAACGCUGCGUAUGCCACCUCAGGACCAAUGUACCUGAGUGACAAUGAGGUUGCCAUGGCAGGGGACCACCUUCCUAAAAGUGGUGGGACGGUGACGACCAUGGGCAGACAAAGGGUGACAUAUGGGUCAAGGGGCAGCAACAGUGGAGUGGUGGCCGCAAGCACUCCCAACAUCUCCACCUCGGUGCCUGCCAAUGCUCUGUUGCCAGCAGGCAUGAUGGCGGGUGAUGCUCUAGCUUUUGGGGACCACCACAUGGCCUCCACUGUGCCCCAUUCUCUGAGGCAGGCCAGAGACAACACUAUUCUGGACCUGCAGGCCCAACUGAAAGAGGUUCUGCGUGAGAAUGAGAUGCUGCGGCGGGACGUGGAAGUCAAGGAGAGCAAGCUCAGUUCCUCCAUGAACUCUAUCAAGACCUUUUGGAGCCCCGAGUUAAAGAAGGAGCGAGCUCUCCGGAAAGAUGAGGUUUCUAAGAUCACUGUCUGGAAGGAACAAUACCGUGUGAUUCAAGAUGAAGCACAGCAUCUCCAGAUGACCGUCCAGGCUCUUCAGGAUGAGAUGAGGAUCCAAAGAGACCUGAACCAGCUGCUUCAGCAAGAUCCGGCCAGCCAAUGCCGGGACCUGGCCCUGACAUCUGAACCUACAGAGGAGAAUUACCGGCGGCUACAGGCCGAGCACGAGAGGCAGGCCAAAGAGCUCUUCCUCCUGAGAAAGACCCUGGAGGAGAUGGAGCUGAGGAUUGACACGCAGAAGCAAACCCUGGGAGCCAGAGACGAGUCCAUCAAGAAACUUCUGGAGAUGCUGCAGAGCAAAGGGCCAUCUGCCAAGGCAUCAGAGGAGGACCAGGAGCGGACCAGGAGACUCGCUGAUGCAGAGAUGCACAGGCAUCACCUUGAGAGUUUGCUGGACCAGAGAGACAGAGAGAUUAAUGCACUAAGAGAGGAGCUGCAUCGUCGGUAUGAGGGAACCCCCGAGUCCACCAAAACUAAGGCUCUACAGACUGUCAUCGACAUGAAGGAUGCAAAAAUCAACUCAAUGGAGCGGGGCCUGAGGGACAUGGAGGAGGAGCUGCUAAUGCUGAAAUCCAACGGACUUCUGAGCUGUGAGGAGCGUCAGGAGGAGAUGAAGCAGAUGGAAGUUUACCGCAGCCACACCAAGUUCAUGAAGAACAAGAUGGAGCAGGUGAAGCAGGACCUCUCCAGGAAGGACACUGAGCUGCUCGGUUUGCAGACCAAACUGGAGACACUCACCAACCAGUUCUCAGAUAGCAAGCAGCACAUUGAAGUCCUCAAGGAGUCUCUCACAGCUAAGGAGCAGAGAGCUGCUAUUUUACAGACAGAGGUUGAUGCCUUGCGUCUGCGCUUGGAAGAAAAAGAGGCAACGCUGAAUAAGAAGAGCAAGCAGAUACAAGAAAUGUCAGAGGAGAAAGGCACGCUCAACGGGGAAAUCCACGACCUCAAAGACAUGCUGGAGGUUAAGGAGCGCAAAGUUAAUGUGCUACAGAAGAAGAUUGAGAACCUGCAGGAGCAACUGAGGGACAAGGAGAAGCAGAUGAGCAGCCUGAAGGAGAGAGUGAAGUCUUUGCAGACAGACACUUCUAACACUGACACUGCUCUCACCACGCUGGAGGAGUCUCUUGCAGAAAAGGAACGCAUCAUUGAGCGUCUAAAGGAGCAGCGAGACAGAGACGACCGGGAGAAGACAGAGGAGCUUGACUGUAACAAGAAGGAACUGAAGGAGUUGAAGGAGAGACUGAGCUUACUGCAGGGAGACCUCUCCGACAGAGAGACCUCACUGUUGGACCUGAAGGAGCACGCAUCAUCGCUGGCGUCCUCUGGGCUGAAGAAGGACUCGAAACUCAAGAGUCUGGAGAUCACGUUGGAGCAGAAGAAGGAGGAGUGCCUAAAACUGGAGAACCAUGUUAAGAGAGCUCAAAACGCAGCCCUGGAGGCUCAGGCUAACACCGAGCUAGCCGAGCGUAUUAAGAACCUUGAGCAGGAAGUGGCCCGCCACAGAGAGGACUCUGGGAAGGCCCAGGCUGAGGUGGACCGCUUGCUAGAGAUCCUUCGGGAAAUGGAGAACGAGAAGAACGACAAAGAUAAAAAGAUCAGUGAGCUAGAGAGUUUGGCCUCCAGGCAGAUGAAGGACCAGACGAAGAAGGUGGCGUCUCUGAAGCACAAGGAGCAGGUGGAGAAAAGCAGGAAUGCUCGACUUGUGGAUGAAGCUCGAAAAAGGGAGGACAACAUGUCUGAGACCUCCCAGCACGUGAAGGACUCUCUGCGUCAGAAGACAGAGCGUAUAGAGGAGCUGGAAGAGGCCCUGAGAGAGAGUGUUCAGAUUACUGCUGAGCGAGAGAUGGUGCUCGCACAGGAGGAGGCUGCCAGGUCACUGCAGGAGAGACAGAUGGAGGAGCUGCUGGGGGCCAUGGAGAAGGUGAAACAGGAGCUGGAGUCCAUGAGAGCCAAGCUGGCCUCCACCCAGCAGUCUCUGUGUGAGAAAGAGGCACACCUCACGACCCUGCGGGCUGAGCGCAGGAAGCACCUGGAGGAGGUGCUGGAGAUGAAGCAGGAGGCACUGUUGGCUGCCAUCAGCGAGAAGGAUGCUAACAUCGCUCUUCUGGAGUUGUCCUCCUCUAAGAAGAAGAAAACCCAGGAUGAGGUGGCUCUGCUGAAGCGGGAGAAGGACCGACUGGUGCAACAGCUCAAGCAGCAGACUCAGAACAGGAUGAAGCUGAUGGCAGACAACUAUGAAGAUGACCAUCUGAAGACUGCCCCUGACCAGGCAAAUCACAAACCCUCUCCAGAUCAGCAGAUGAUACCCCCUCUUCUAGCCCUGUCCCAGAACCGCAGUAAGCUCAAGCUCUACAUCGCCCACCUGACCGACCUCUGCCACGACCGGGACCCCAGCAUUCUCAGCCAGCUCACGCCGCCCUCUCACUACCACCACAGCGACCCCGAAGACUGGGAGGAGGAGCUCCAGAAGAUGAGUGUCGAACAGUUGGAGCGGGAGCUGGAGGUAUGUGAGAAGGAGAGCGGAGAGCUGCAGGAGUACGCCAACUCUGUUCUCCAGCAGAUUGCAGACUACUGCCCUGAUAUCCUGGAGCAGGUUGUCAAUGCUCUGGAGGAGUCAUGCUGACAACUCUGACCUCAGACACAACCCGGCUGACUCCUGGUCUUUAUAUAACCUGUAGCCAAGCCCCUACCUCCACCCAAUGAGGCUCCUGGAACGAACGAACGAAGGAAGGAAAGAAGAGAGCGGGGGGUAUAACACAAACCCACUGAGCUCUAAUUCUUUGUUCCCCUCGUCCACCCUGGAACAAGCUUUCAUGACCCCCGAGUGCUUUCCUGUCUCAUGUGUCUCAGGCCUGCGGAAAAUCAAAUUAUGAUACGUUCACAGUCUUAUCACAGUGCUGUUAAAUUUGCCCGUUUGAGCAAAUAUCAUGUUACUCUCUGCAAACAGAGGGCUGAUCAAUUAAUGAUAACCAUGGCAGAUGGUGGGCUCACAGUGGGAAGAGAGGAACUGAUGUAGAGGCUCAAACAUAUGUCAGGCAGGCAACAGCACAUUUGGAGGUCAUAAUGAAAGUUUGUGAACACACCAAAUUUGAUUUUUUUUUUCUGGUAGGAUACUUAGCAAAAAUGUCAUUGCACACCUGUAAAUCUGGGACAGGUGCAUUGGGAGAGAAAGGAUUUCAGAUGAAAGAGGCAAACUUCCGCACAAACUCUUACUGCCAACCUUCCUCUCCCUAGACAGCUUCACUCACAGCAGGAAUCGCCAGAUCAAGCACAGUUACCUCGCCCACUUCUGUCUCAGUCUUUUUACCCCUCAGAUUCCUCUCACAAACCUUUAAAGUUUAAAAGUGUUGAGUUUAUUUCUCACUUGGGGCAGGAAAGCACUGUUUGUCUUGGAUAACUGGGGAGCUGCUACACCGAGAGGGGAGCAGAGCGGAGCCGAGUUCAGUGUGUGUGUGUGUAAAUCAUGGAGCCACGUAGACGCUUGUUUUGUACUAACUAUUGGGCUGGAACCCAGUCACUAGUAAGAAUACAGCUGCCGGUGGCCCAUCAUCACUUUUUUAACCAAAUGAAUGCAGCUUUUGUCCAAAUGUCUCUUCUCCCAGCUCAGAGCUGUGCGUCUGUCCAUGUAGUCAGCAUUAGGUUCGUAGGUACAUUUCACUGAGUCGUCUGUGGCUGCGUCAAAGAUCAGAAUUUAGUUACACUUGAGUUUUCAACAGAUGAGAGAGAGGAGGGGAAAUAAGCUUUUACUCUUGGUGAUGUAUUCAUUUUUUGAUGGGUUUUGCACACAACGUCCACUUGUUUAUGAGGUAUGCAAUCUUUCUUUUAUGAGAACGUUCUAGUGGCCUUGGAGAAUGCACAGAGAUCAGUACUGGACCUAAUGCAGGGAAAUGUGUUCCUCUGUCAUAUUGGUGCUAAGGCAUGAUGGAGAGAGUUAUGGAUCUGAUCCAAGGAUCAUUCAGUAUCAUCCAAAGUUUCUAUAGAUUUUACUUAAGUCCCAGACCUGACCUUUAGUUGUAGAAUCACUGAAGAAAAAAAGUGAAGCCCCAUUUUCCUUUUCUUGGGUUUUUCCAGAUCGCUAACAAAUGCAAGUGACGCCUCCGUUUAAUUGUAUUUUUUGAAAUCUUCAGGGCUGAGGUUUUUACCAAGUGCAUCUACAUUCACAAGAACUUAGUCACUUUUCAGCCGAUUUUGACUUUUUAGAUCAGUUUGUAAAUAACGUGAUAUUUAAUACGUGCAGUGACUGAAUAAAGGUAAUUAAGUGGAAGGUGUUGUGCAUUCUUUAAAAAAACUAAGUUAAAAGCAGUGCAGUUGUCUUUCGUGUCUAAUUUUGUCAUCAGGACAAAGUGUGUGUGUGACAUUACUGCCAUAACUUGCAGAAAGUCAUGUUCUAUAGAGAUUAUAUAUAUAUAUAUAUAUAUAAAUAUAAUACAUAUAUAAAAAUGUUUACUGUAUGGAUAUGCAUUGAAUGUUUGCACAGAAUCUUGGAGAGCGAGCUGCUCUGAACUAAAAGACCGUCAAGUUAGUGUCCUCCUCAGCAGUAACUGAGGAAAGAAGUGUCAAAAAAAAUUUGUCAAAAAUAAUGUGUGAACUACAAAUGUUUUCAAACCGUGACUGUGUGAUUGGAGAGUAUGUUUCUUGCAUUUACUUCUAAUUAUCAUUUAAAAAUAUAUAUUUUCACCUCAUGGCGAUGUAAAUGUAUUAUCCUGAGAUUACAGUGUUGUCUUUUUUCUUUUCUUCUUACCUGUUCUGUCAUGAUUGAUGUCAAAGGCAGAUUGAGCCUGAUGGAUUAAAAAAAAAAAAAAAAGAGUCUCCAACCAUCAUGUCCCUCCUGCUGCCACGUAAUAGGAAACAAUGUUACAGAGCACAACAGUGAAACACUAUAUGUCUAAAAAAAAUUGAUGUUCUGAAAAAGUUUUCUAAUUUUCAGUGUGGUUGAUUUAAAGAUGAAUUUGGGCGUCUGGGUUUUCAAAGUGCCACACUGAAAAACAGUGUCACACUGAAAAACAAAAACAACAUGUCCUUGGAUUAGGACGAUGUUCGUUGCAUGUUUUUGUUUUUGUACUUUGUCGAACCUCUCUGAGUGAAGGUUUAUUUCUUUCCAUCCCUAACCCUUUUACUUACCACCACUGGGUUUAGAGAUCGAAGGCAUUUGAUUCGAUAGUUUUAUUUCCGUUUCUUUGGCCUGCGUGUCCCUGCCCUUGCCUUAAAUGUCUCGUCAAUUCUUUUUCUCGACUCCUUGAGGAACACGGAGCUGAUUUGAGGGGCUUCUGUCAAGCUCAUGGUAUUUUCUUUCCUUGAAAUGUACUGCCUUCUGUCUGUUCGUGUUAAAAAUCUAACUGUAAAAAGAAAGAAAGACAGACAUGUUUGUGAGUUACCUGGAUUUUGUAUGUAUGUAAAUAAAUAAAUUAUAAGCCUUG